AUGAGUCGAGAUGACGAUGACUUGUUGCAUACAGAAACGGCUUCUGCCGUCGGCGCCCGUUCCAGUGUAGACCUGCGCCGCGUGGGCAGCACACCGGCGAUCGCGCCUAGGAUGCAAUAUCGAAGCCGCCCCGUUUCAGUCGCUGUAGAUCCAGUCUCCCUGGUCAUGUCCGAAUGCAUAUCGAUCACCUCAGCGAUCCAGAAACAUGCGCGAUCUCCUCAUUCCUCCGUAUCGGCCAUCCUGGGCGGGAACCCAAACCCUAUUAACCUUGGGUCCCCAAGCCCUUCGCCAAGGGGCGCCGCUUUGAAGACAUCGGGGGCUGGACUCGGGAUAGAUGGCGCACAGGACAUUACAUCUGCCAAUAGAUGGGGCCUGCGCGGGAAGAAGGGCCGCAGUAUACAGGACAAUCCUUUAAUGGCUGGCUUCGGAAAGCUUCGCCAUGAACUGGCCAGCGUUAGAGAUAUCCACUCAUUCGAUGCCUUGUCUCUCUUGAAUCCAUUCUUGCAGAUUAUCCAGACCAAAGGCACUGCGGCCCCUAUAACGAUCCUUACGUUGGGAGCCCUCCGCAAGUUUCUGGCCUACGGCUUCAUCAGCCCGACCUCUCCAAGAUUCGCUCUUGCGAUGCAGUCACUGUCUGCAGCAGUAACCCGGUGUCAGUUCGACGGGAGCGACGCUGGUCAAGUGGAAGUCGUUCUUCUGAUGAUUCUACACUUGAUGGAGGACAUGAUGUCGGGCCCGGGAGGCGACAUUCUAAGUGAUGAGAGCGUCUGCGAUAUGAUGGGCAGGGGGUUGGCAAUCUGUUCACAGCCUCGAUUUUCACCCGUUUUGCGCCGAACUGCCGAAGCGUCGAUGGUUCGCAUGUGCCAGAUCAUCUUUGAAGACGUCAAACAUCUCGAGGUUGAAGCCGGGGUCGAGUCUGAUGCUCUUGACAAGCAAACGAGCGCCGAUAUGGAUAGUGUCAAGAUGGACCCUGCUACCAGCAAUGCGCCAGGCUUGCAGGUAACCAGUUCUGAGCAGGAUGUGCGCCUGUCCACGUCAAGCUCGACGGCUUUGGAUCCAGACCCCCGUUCUCAAAUAAGCUCUGAAUCGGGGGACAGCAAGGCCGACAUUGGAACAGGCAUCGAGACCGAAGGCGAGGUUGACGCCGAUGGUGCAGAAAGCUCCGAUUCUCUGGACCUCCGACCUUAUUCUCUGCCCUCUGUCCGAGAGCUUUUCCGGGUUUUGGUUAACUUCUUGGACCCCAACGACCGCCAGCACACGGACACGAUGAGAGUUAUGGCCUUGCGUAUCAUUCACGUAGCCCUGGAGGUCUCCGGGCCCUCCAUUGCGCGACAUCCAGCUUUGGCCGGCAUCGCUGAAGACCGGCUUUGUUGCUAUCUUUUCCAGCUCGUUAGAUCCGACAACAUGGCCAUUCUGCAGGAGUCACUCAUUGUUGCUGGAACGUUACUGGCCACAUGCCGCGGUGUUCUCAAGCUACAGCAGGAGCUGUUUCUCUCCUAUCUCGUCGCAUGUCUUCAUCCGUCGGUGGAAAUACCUCGCGAACCCGGUAUUGAUCCAUCGUUGUACGCCGGCAUUCCCCAAUCUCCAAAGCUUGUCAAGCCCCCGCCAUCGCAAACGAAUAGUGGGCGCUCAACGCCAGUACCCGUCAAGGAUCGGCAGAAGCUCGGUUUGGAGGGCGGCGCAAGGAAGCCUGACGCGAGGCAGGCAAUGGUCGAAAGCAUUGGUGUGCUGUCGAGAAUGCCGACUUUCAUGGUCGAGCUCUUUAUCAACUACGAUUGUGAUGCUGACCGAGCGGAUCUGUGCGAAGACAUGAUCGGUCUUCUUUCUCGUAAUGCACUGCCAGAUUCUGCAACCUGGAGCACGACGAGUGUUCCCCCUCUAUGCCUGGAUGCACUACUUAGAUAUGUCCAGUUUAUAGCUGAACGACUAGGUGAGCCACAUGUCAUCGAUGGUUAUCCAGACGCUACGGCAUUGCGGGAGCAGAGACGCAAGAAGAAGAUCAUCAUCAAGGGGACCAGCAAGUUCAACGAGAACCCCAAAGGCGGUCUCGCGUAUCUCGAGGCCCAAGGCAUCAUUGCGGACGUUAAAGACCCAGCUGCCGUUGCCAGGUUUUUAAAAGGUACUUCCCGAGUGUCCAAGAAGGUUCUCGGUGAGUACCUUUCGAAGAAAGGGAGUGAAGACGUACUGGAAGCAUACAUGAGCCAAUUCGACUUCUCCGAGAAGCGCGUGGACGAGGCACUUAGGGGGCUGUUGGAGACAUUCAGGUUGCCGGGCGAGUCGGCCCUGAUCGAGAGAAUCGUCACUUGUUUCGCCGACAAAUACUGUUCCAAGGCAAAGCCAACAGAGGUUGCCAACGCUGACGCUGUUUUUGUCUUGACGUACGCCAUUAUCAUGCUGAAUACUGACCAGCACAACCCUAAUCUCAAGGGUCAAAAGCGCAUGACAGUGGAAGAUUUCGCACGCAACUUGAGAGGCGUAAACGAUGGCAAGGACUUUGCGCCUGAGUAUCUACAAGAAAUUUUUGACAACAUUAGGACCAACGAAAUCAUCUUGCCUGACGAGCACGACAACAAGCACGCUUUUGACUAUGCUUGGCGAGAGCUCCUUGUUAAGUCGGAAUCUGUGCAGCCUCUGGUUCUUUGCGAGACAAACAUUUACGAUGCCGACAUGUUUGCUUCGACCUGGCGGCCAAUCGUGUCCACAUUGUCCUACGUUUUUAUGUCCGCCACCGAUGAUGCGGUGUUCGCCAGGAUCGUCACUGGGUUUGAUGAAUGCGCUCGAAUCGCGGCUAGUUACCAAAACACCGAAGCCCUGGACCAGAUCAUUUACUCUCUCAGUCAUAUGACAACGUUGGCUACCGAAAUGCCCUCCAACACGAGCCUGAACACGGAGGUUCAGGCUGGCGAGAGUAGUGUUAUGGUGAGCGAGUUGGCGGUCAAGCUCGGGAGGGACUUCAGGGCACAGCUGGCGACCUUGGUUCUCUUCCGAGUUGUCACCGGUAGUGAAAAGCUGAUUCGAAAUGGCUGGAAACACAUCACCCGUAUCUGGCUCAACCUUUUUGUGAACUCUCUGGUUCCUCCUUUCUUCUCUGCAGACUCUCCAGUCUUGGACAUCGCUACGAUUCCUCUGCAAACCCCGUCUCAAGUUAUUGAUCGAGCAGCCAAGACGGCUGAAACAGGCUUCUUCUCUGCGUUCACCAGUUACAUCUCCAGUUACGCGGCAGAUGAUCCUCCAGAGCCCUCAGAUGAGGAGUUAGAGAGUACUCUCUGCACUGUUGAUUGUGUGAACUCUUGCCACAUGGGCAACGUCUUCGCCAACAUUUCCAAGCUUUCGCCUCAAGAAUUGGAACCGCUUGUUAGUGCUCUGCUCGACGCGCUGCCAGAAGACCAUAGCACCACGGUUAUAGUCGUGAAGUCCGAGAAUGCGCCAGCGGCGCCCAUGAACGGCCAGAAGCCAGCGCAGACGAGCGUUGUGUACGACCCUGCCAUGGCCUACAUCCUUGAGUUUAGUACAGUGCUCGCUCUCCGAGACCAAGACACUGUUCAACUUGUCGGCAAACGAGUCAUUGAAGCCCUACAAGCUGUGCUACGAGAUGCUGGAAAUUACCACUACAUCAUUGUCUCGAGAGCUACAUUCUACCUCCUUAAACUACUGCAAGUUAGCUACGCUCAUGACUACAUCAACGUCCCGGUUCUAUUGCAUACAAUCUCAAGCUUUGCGAAAGAGAUUUUGACCAAGACUUCCGCCCUGGUCCUUCAGGGGUUAAGGCAAUGCAUUGAUGAGCCCAGCCCUUUACGCAAUGAGAUCAUGACCUCUCCUGACUUCUGGGCGAUAAUGCGCGCAUUGGCAGGGCGGCAGGAAUCUGCACCGCGCGUGUUUGACAUUCUCGAGCUGGGCUGUGGAGGCGCACCCCCAGCGAUCAUUGCAGAUAACUAUGAAGCUGCGAUUUCUCUCCUCGGUGACUUCGCCUCUGCAGCUGGACGGGCUGUACUAGCGGAACGCAAGCUUGAGUCACAGCAACGCAGAGCUCACGAAGGAACUCGUGAGAAAACAAACGUUAAUGAAGCUAUUGCACGCGGAUCCAAGGCGGUCAGUAGUAUCUAUAACAUGACAAUGCGCAUUCCCUUUUUGAUGAAGCAAUCUCACCUAGAGAGCGACGAAGCGUGGUCUGCUUACUGGCUACCCGUCUUCCAAGCACUCACCACACAGUGUACGAACCCAUGUCGGGACGUACGCCUCCAAGCCUUUACCUCACUACAGCGGUCGCUGCUUUCCCCGGAUCUCACUUGCAGCGAUCACAAGGAAUGGACAGCCAUCUUUGGUGAGGUCUUGUUCCCACUGAUCCACAAACUCUUGAAGCCAGAAGUCUUUUCAUCGGACAGAGACGGUAUGAGUGAAAUGCGGGUACAAGCAGCGUCGCUGCUCUGUAAGGUCUUCCUCCAAUACUUGGUUCUGCUCUCGAAAUGGGAUGGAAUGUUGGAUCUCUGGGUCAAGAUUAUCGACAUCAUGGAUCGGCUGAUGAACAGUGGUCAGGGCGAUAGUCUCGAAGAGGCAGUUCGGGAAAACUUGAAGAACGUGGUUCUUUUUAUGGCGAGCAGCGGCUUCCUGGUUUCUCCCACCAAAGAUGCGUCUAAAGAAAACCUGUGGAAUGAGACUUGGAAACGGAUUGACCGAUUCCUGCCAGAUUUGAAGAGCGACCUGGCUUUAGAAGAACCUCGGAGCGGCGAGGAACAGGCGCCAACGGCAGAGGCAGAUGCAUAA